AUGACAGGAUGUGGUAGACCUCGUACUCAGAGAGCUAGACAGGCAGAGUCACAUCAGGCUUUAUCUGAGCUACAACAAGCUCAACCCGAGCCACAGCAGGCACCAGCUGAGCUGCAAUACAGACAGAUCAAUACCGACCAUACUGUAUUCUUCAGAAGAAGUGGAGGUCACAUCACUAUGCUGGCAGUGUAUAUGGAUGACAUGAUCAUCACAGAAGAUGAUGAGAAGGAGAUUGUUCAGCUCAAGGUAAGAUUGAGCAAAGAAUUUGAAGUGAAGGAUCAGGGUCAGCUUCGAUACUUUCUUGGGAUAGAGAUAGCUCAUGGACUUAAGGAGAUUGUUCUCUCCCAGAGAAAGUAUGCACUGGAUCUUCUUGCAGAGACGAGGAUGUUGGGGUGCAAGCCUGAUGCUACACCGAUUGAUCAGAGUUUCAGGCUGAGUGCUGAGGCAGGAGAACCUGUUGAUCGUGAGAGAUAUCAGAGAUUGGUGGACAGGCUGAUCUGA